AUGGAGACCACGUACUGGAUGGCGCUCAGUGGGUAGGCCCCCCACCAGGUGGACCGGUGAUCUUAUAAAGGUUGCAGGAAGCUGGAUGCGGGCUGCGCAGGACCGAUCGUCGUGGAAAUUUAUGGGGGAGGCCUAUGCUCAGCAGUGGGCGUUUUACGGCUGAUGAUGAUGAUUCAAAGUCAAAUAUCACAAAAAUCCUGUUUUACCCGAUUGCAAAGGAAGGGUUUGCAUGUUUCGCGCGCAUCUUGUACGUAUGUAAUAUUCUUUAUUACUACAUAUUUGCAGAACUGCUAACGAAUUUUGAUAAUUGAGGUAUCAUUAGAUUUGUCUUACUAUCCUGAGUGUUCCGGAGAGAGAGGUAACGUUAAAAGUUUCAAAUAUGGCGGCAGUGCGGCACCAUUAUAUAUAAAGAUAUUUUUUUGUUAUUUCAAAUACUAAAAUAUGGGUAUGAGACUAAAGGAUUCCAAAAAAUAUGUCAUAAUUAUCGCGAUACUUAUAAAAAUAAUACAAUGAGAAAGUUUAAAAAUAUGGACUUUGUUCGUUUGCCUAACUAAAGAGAAUAAUAAAAUUAUAAUUAAAAAAAAAUCAAAAACCGGCCUAUAUAAAAAUAACUAACUAAAAAGGCUGGAACAUGAUAAAAAAUUAUGAACAUCAUAUAUAAAAUGCAGUCGGAGGCAUGCACAAAGAGAGACUGAUUUGGCUUGUUAUUCAAUUCCAUACCUCCGACUGCAUGUUGUCUAUUGCAUUUUUUUUUUGGGUGGGAGAACCACGCUUUGGCAUGAAUGGGCCGGCUCGACCGGAGUGAUACCACGGCCUCACAGAAAACCGACGUGAAGCAACGCUUGCGUUGUGUUUCGUCGUGUGAGUGAGGGUACCGGAGGCCCAACCCCUCCCUAUUCCCUUCCCUCUACCCCUCAACCCUUCCCUCCCUAAGAUCAUAUUCGUCUCUCAAAGGCCGGCAGCGCGCUUGUAGCCCCUCUGGUGUUGCAGGUGUCCAUGGGCGACGGUAAUCACUUACCAUCAGGUGAUCCGUCUGCUCGUCUGCCCCUAUCCCAUAAAAAUAUAUAUAUAUAUAUAUAUAUAUAAUCCUUGGAUUUAAGUGUAAAAUGUACACCUAUAUUCAGGAUGUUGGACGCCUGGUGACCUGUAAAACGGGUUUAUACUCAAAAGCAGCAAGUACCAGUCUCCACAAUAAGUUAAAUGUCCCUGAUAUAUUCACUACAACUGUACCUUUUUGUAUCGUGAAGAAAAAUAAAGAAAUAUUAUUAUUAUUAAAUUACGAGAGCUGAGAGCAUGUUAGAAUAAAUAAGGAAUUCGAUGAAUAAUUCGAGAAAAUGCCCCGAGAAGGAGUCGUGCGAGGCGGACUGCGUGGCGAUAGGUAGCAGAUUGCGCGGCGCCAUGGGCACCCGCCCGCCGGCACACUUCUGGCCACAACUAUGGGCUACAGUCGUCCGGAAUCUAUUACUAAAGAAGAGGGACACAAGGAAAACCCUAGCGGAAGUACUAGUGCCUCUCUACUCCCUCGGCGUGCUGAUAUUCCUGAAGAUGCUGGUACCUAACCCUAACUUCCCAGAAGUGAGGAAGCCAGGUCGUCUGCUAAGGAUCCACCAUGACGCAUUCCCUGAAAAUCAUUCUGUUGCUGUGGUGGCGGACUGGCAAAGCGCUAAUGGUACCUUGGCUUUUUUGGACGAGAUCAACUCGAUGCUGGUGGAGUCCGGACAGCACGGUAUCCAGUGGAUAAAGUACAACAACACUACGGAGCUGAACGACGCAUACACUAUCCGCACUAACCCCUCUGAUAUCGGCACACCGUCAACGCGUACUCUGACUACAUCCCCUGCGAAAUGUCGAGAGAGAACUGCCAGUAAGGAUUGGUCGUCAGACUGGUCAAGAGGUGGCCAACUCAUUCCGUUAUCGGAGAUGCACAGAGAAGAUACCUGCCCAGUACUACAAUACUACUACUCCGGCUUCUUGGCUCUUCAGACUCUUAUUGAUUAUAUCAAAAUCAAGGUGGACACUGGCUCCCCAUUUCCACCUCCCCGCAUCGACCUUCGGCAGUUUCCAAAACGACAGCAUACAGGUGAUUGGCUGGUGAUAUUCCGCGUCAUAAUGCCUAUGUAUAUGGUGAUGACGUUGUCACAGUUCAUUACUUAUUUACUCAUGUUCGUGGUUGGAGAGAAGGAGAAGAAAAUCAGGGAGGGGAUGAGGAUUAUGGGCUUGAAGGACUCUGUUUAUUGGGGUGCUUGGUUUCUAAUCUACGCAGUUUUUGUUACUAUAUUAUCUAUAGUCAGUACAGUUCUACUCUUCACUCUAAAGGUGUUUCAACAUUCUUCUUACAUCCUGAUUUUUCUUCUGAUGCUUCUUUUUGGGUUCACCAUCAUCACGUUCGCGUUCAUGCUGACUCCAUUCUUCGAUCGUGCCAGGACGGCUGGUAUCUUGGGUAGUUUCGCGGUAAACUUGAUGAGUGGGCUGUACUUUAUACAGGUGUUCGUUUCCAACGCCGAUUCACUUGCCUUUUGGUUUGUCUCCCUGAUCAGCUCUAGCUGUUAUGCCCUCGCCAUGGAUAAAGCAUUAGUGUUGGAUAUGGCGGGGGUGGGCGUUACGUGGGACAACUUGUGGAGUGGACCAGGAGUCCCAUUCGGAGGCAGCCUCAUCAUGAUGGCACUCGAUACUGUGCUUUAUGGACUAGCUGCCUACUGGCUAGAUGCAGUCAUACCGAGACGGCGCGCGCGCGUCUCUAACGUCCAUCUACAUUCUAAUGGGGAUGCCGCACAUAAUAAGGACAUUGAACCGGUGCCCAGAGAACUCCAAGACAAAGAGGCGAUACGCAUCGUUGGCCUCCAAAAAAGUUUCCGCCAUUGCCGUAGGCCGGAGAUCAAGGCUAUUGACGGCAUCGACUUGAGUAUUUACGAGGGCCAGAUUACCGCCAUAUUGGGCCAUAAUGGUGCUGGCAAGUCUACUCUAUUCAACAUACUUACUGGAUUGACGGCACCCACUGCUGGGACUGCAUAUGUCUAUGGAUUAGAUGUGAGGGACCCCAACGAUAUGCAUGAGAUCCGACAAAUGAUAGGAGUGUGUCCACAACAAGAUGUGCUGUUUGAUUUACUCUCCGUCAAGGAACAUUUGGAAUUCUUUUCUGCUGUUAAGGGUAUUCCUCGAAAACGUCAUGCGGACGAGAUUCAUAAGGCAUUAGCUGAAGUGGGUCUUCUGGAGCAAGCAGGGGUGUUUUCUAAGCAUCUCUCCGGCGGACAGAAGAGGAAGCUUAGUAUAGCUAUCGCUUUUAUAGGCGAUCCUAAGAUUAUUAUUUUGGAUGAGCCGACCGCUGGAGUGGAUCCAGUGUCCAGAAGACAGACAUGGAGAAUUUUGCAGCGUGCCAAGAGAGGGAAGGUGUUGCUUCUUACCACACACUUCAUGGAUGAAGCCGAUAUACUUGGGGACAGGAAGGCCGUUAUAAGCAAGGGAAAGGUGCGGUGUGCAGGAACGUCGUUGUUUUUGAAGAACAAAUUUGGCAUUGGCUAUCAUUUGACAUUGGUAUUGGAUGGUGCGUGCAGAGAACAUCAGAUCACGCGUCUGGUGCGUGGACAUGUGCCACGAGCGGAGAAGGCGCGACGUCACGGCCGCGAGCUGUCAUAUAUCUUACCACAUUACGCCGUACAUCUGUUCCCGCCACUAUUCCAGGCCAUCGAACACGAGAUACGCGAAAAAACUAACAGGCUUGGUAUAACGAGCUACGGUGUUUCCAUGACGACUCUGGAGGAGGUUUUUUUGAGUUUAGAAGGAGAAAACGCAGAAGAGACAGAGACGGUAGAAGGUGUGUCUUCGGUGAAACUUGUCCGCGCUCGAGCACUGUCUAGGAGUUUGUCCUUACAAAGCAAAACCUUAAGCUAUCAGGAACUGAAUGACAAGGAAUCCCAAAAGGCUACGUCACUUCCCACACCGCCUGCAUCACACGCGUUACAUUCCACGACGCAUGGAGUGGAGCAUGUCAAAGUGGCGGUUACUCCAGAAGCCCCUGUUUCGGUUGACGCUCUAAGCGAAACUGUGAAGACAAAACCUUCCUGUUGGAGAACUUUCUGUGCACUCGUGUACAUCCGCACCGUCCGCAUGAUCCGAGAUCCUUACAAACUUUAUGUUAUGAUCUUCAUGCCCAUCAUUUCCUGCGCCCUCGGCCUCUAUAUGAAGUCUAGGCAAAUAGUGUUUUUUCGGAUGCAACCCCUCAAAUUGGAACCCAACGCUUAUUUCAAUAAAACUCCUAUCGCUGUGUUUAGUGAACAAAAUAAUUAUAAAGAAAUUACAGAUUUAAAAGAUUCUUUGGAAAUGCUUGGAGCCCAUCCCAUUAUAGACUUCGAUGGAAAUUUUUCUAGUCUUCUUGAUAUGGAAAAUUUUGGGGCGUUCAGCUUAAAAGAUAGUCUCAUACCGUAUGGCAAGAUUAUGGCCUAUUAUAAUAGUACAUACACUCAUAGUUUACCUAUAAUCGUCAAUUUAUUGGACAAUAGUAUUUAUAGGGUAUUAAUGUCAACGUCCGGAAUGCUAGAAAGUUUCAAACCAAUUGAAGUGUUUGCUCAUCCGUUUCAACAGACAGAGCAACAAGAAGAAUUCAAUGUGGGUAAUGUGGUUUGUGCGAUAUUUAUGGGCAUGAUCUUCGCUCUUGUUCCCGUCACAUUAGCUGUAGAUAUCGUCUAUGAUAGAGAGAUCAAAGCCAAGAACCAGUUACGUGUGAAUGGUUUGUCGAUGAGCAUGUAUUUUCUAACUUACUUCACUAUACUCAUCUUUAUUAUGAUUAUCACCAGUGCUGGAGUUUUAGUCCUUGUAAUUCUCAACGACAUACCGAGCUUAACUAAUGGUUCAGCCAUCACGAUGCUCUCUUUCCUGUUGAUACUGUACAGUCCGUCAGCCAUAUUAUUCAAUACGUGUCUAUCGUACGUGUUCGACAAAAUGGACUCGGCGCAGAGUAGUGAUAUCGCCUUCUAUUUACAUUUGGUGUUCAGUUUUCUAGAUGUUAUGUAUAUACCUUAUGCCAUCAUCUACUAUGUUGAUAGAGUUUACCUGACGUGUAACCUGCGCGGUCUGUGCACUACGCCUGAUCUGUGGACAUAUUUCACGGCGGAGGUGUGGGUGCUAAUAGUCGCCAUGUUGCUGCACGUGCCACUCUGCGGCGCAGCACUUCUCGCCGCAGAUAGACUUAAGUCCGGUGGUCGACUCUGCCCGCGGAAACGCUCUCGGUCUGAGGGCAUGGCGGAGGUAGAAGUUGAAGCUGUGGCGGGGACGGAGGCAGGAGAAGAUGAGGAUGUGAGGAGAGAGAGACGGAAGGUGGCCGCACUACUCCACCAGCCCACAGCCAGUGGUCCCGAGUAUAAAGUGCGGGGCACUGCGGCCGGGUGUUGCGGUGCGGAAAGUGAGGCGAGGCGCGCGGGAUUGAAACGGCUGAGCCUAGCCGUGCACGGAGGGGAGGUGUUUGGCCUGCUGGGACACAACGGUGCUGGGAAAACCACCACUAUGAAGAUAAUUACCAACGAGGAAAGACCCACUUGCGGCACAGUGAUGUUAGGUGGACAGAACGUGAGCGAUUCCCAGACAUCUACGUUCCAAAUGCUGGGAUACUGUCCACAGCACGACGCCCUUUGGAAGAACGUCACCAUUCGGGAGCAUAUAGAAUGCUACGCCGCUAUCCGAGGGGUCAGCAAAGCUGACACGCCUAGGAUCGUAGACGCAUAUCUGAACGGGCUGCAAAUAAUGGAGCACGCAGGAAAACACGCAGAUGAGUGCUCUGGGGGUACUAGGCGUAAGCUUAGCUUCGCACUGGCGAUGGUGGGAAAUCCUAAAGUUGUACUUCUGGAUGAACCUUCCACCGGCAUGGAUCCUCGGAGCAAGAGAUUCCUCUGGGACACCAUCCUGGCUAGCUUCCAGAUAGAACCAGAUUUAUCGAUGUCACCUUCACCACUUCGUUCCGCAGAAAAUUCACCGUCUUUAGGCGAAGCUGAUGAAGGUAGAUGCAUAAUAGUUAAUGGAAUUAUUAGUCAGUGGGAUUUUGCAAAGGCAGCUGCUGCCGAAAAGAACACUGAAAAAUAUAUUGGCGGUUCAGGUGGCGCUUCAGCGUGUGGUGAGGCAGAGGCAGAGGCAGAAGCGGAAGCAGAGGCAGAGGCGGUGGAUAUCAGUAUACACACACCGCUUGUAGCUGGCACUCCGCCGCAUGCGCGUGCGCAUCAUCGAAGAACGGAAUCAAGUGGUGGUGGAUUGAGCGCAGAAGCAGCCAUAGCUUUAGUUGGACAGUUGUUCCCAUCCGCCAUAUUAGAGGAAAAUUUCGCAGAGAGACUUGUGUUCUCAGUACCUCAAUCAGCAGUUUCCAGUCUAGCUAGAUGUUUCCAACAGAUUGAAGAUGCAAAAGAAAAAUUGAACAUCAUCGAGUACAGCUUCAGCCAGACUACACUAGAACAGGUGUUUCUUAAGUUUGCACAAUCCGAAAAUGUGGAAGUAUCAGAUCAAGAACAUUAG